AUGUCUGUUGGAAACGCUCCAUUCCAAAGCACCGAGCAAGAGAUCGGAGACUUCUUCUCCCAGAAGGGCAAUGUGACCAACGUCAGAAUCGUCUACGACCGCGAAACUGGACGCCCAAGAGGAUUCGCCUUCGUCGAGUACUCGGACGAGCAAUCCGCUCAAAGAGCUGUCAACGAGCUCAACGGAGCCGACUUCAACGGAAGACAACUCCGCGUCAACCUCGCCAACAACAGAUCUUAA